AUGAACAAGAUCUUUGCCACAUUCACGCCCGUCAAAGCAAACUAUGUCCUUCUCAAGGUCCAACUUGCCACGCCAGCGGCAGCAUACAACCAACUAAAGGCAAACGCACCUCAUGCUAUGCUCCCGCCAGACGACUUCAAAUCAGCCCUGGGGGACAAGAACUUCAUUACUGCACAGCCUUGGGGAGGGUUCAAGGGAUCCGAAAUCAGGGAGUUUGUCAGGGCCAAUGAGUCUAAGAUCCUCAUUGAGAAGAGGGAGUACAACACCAUGAGGGUCUACACCAUUGUUUGGGCACCGAAUGGGGAUAAAUGUCGACUGGAAGGUAUGGAAAGGUUUAUCUGGAAGGUUAUUGGUGGGGAACUCAACGUCGACAACUGGACGAACUUUAUGCGCCUCGCGGUCUCUGUCACGGUUGGAGGUCCAAACUGA